UUCUGCACCCCAGUGCAGAGCCGGGAGUUGCCUCCUGUGCUUGAAGACAUGGCGGGACCCUGCAGCCUGGCCACCGGCCUCCUGCUCCUGGCCUUCUGCGCCCUCCACGCGGUUCCUGCAGGUACCUUGAGGGUUCCCUCUUCUUGUUGCUUGUCCUUCAUUCCCAAGAAGAUUCCGCAGAACCAAGUGGCAAGUUACCAGCUGGUCAGCCGAAGCGUCUGUCCCAAGGAAGGCGUGAUAUUCACCAACAAGAAGGGCCAGAAGCUCUGUGCUAACCCCAAGCUUCCGUGGGUACAGAAAUACAUGAAGAAACUGGAUGCCAGGCAGAAAAAAGUGGCCGCGAGGACCAGGCCUGUGGACACCAGAAGGCCCUCUCGCAGGCGUCCUGCCAGCAAGGCUGUCCUGUCCUGACUGGGGUCUGCUCCCGAGAGGCCCCGUUCCUGCUCUCAGUGUCUCUAUAUGGAGGACAGGCCGGUCAGGGACGUCUGCCCGUGCAGCUGGGCUCCUGGCCUUCCCUGGACUGAAGAAGGUUCUGGAAGGAUCUGGGCCAGCUCUACAAUCUCUUCCUGAGCUGGGUUUGGGCCUUCUCCAGACUCAGGUCCAUGGUGUUCCAGCUGCAGGCGCACCCUUCACGCUCCCUGGCCUGUGCCUGCUUCUUCAGGCCCUCCCUACCGCAGCAGGCCCUGGGGCCGGCCACCAGCACUCAUGCUCUCUCUGCAUGUCUGUAGGUGGGACCCUUCUACAGCUGUGCUCUCUGGGGAGCUAGGGAUGCUCCAGGGUGGUCCCUUUUCAGCCAUCUGCUCUAACUCCAUUCUCCGCCCACCUCCACCCCCACCCCUGCCCCUCCAUAAGUGAAUAAAACCCAGCUAACUUGGAGGGCCUUUCUGCGGGUUUCCGACUCGGUUUGAACCCUCUGGGAAACAGUGCACACUGCAGGUGCUCCUGGGCUUUGGUUCAGAGCUGGGCUGGGCUGAUGGGGUGUUGAAUUCCUGGGUAAGGGCAUUGGGGUUUGGGGGGGAGGUUCUGCUUCCUGACCCCUGCUUAGUCCAGGCUGCUAUGGUGACAAAGACCUGUCCUGGUUUGAAAGCUGGGACCCCACCCCUACACACACACUCCAUUUUAAGUGAGAGGAAGAUGGGGUGAGGGUGUUUAGGUCCAAGAGCCCAGUUUUGUUUUGUUUUCUCUCCCUCUGCGUGAGAUGUGAUUUAAAUGUAAGGACUAUAAACAGUAGAGCCUGGGGUGCAGCCCCGCGGGGGGAGCCUGUGAGCUCACCCCGAGUGAUGCCCUGGGUUCCAUCCCUGGCUCUGCAGCGCAACAAGAGUGUGUUUGCUCUUCUCAAAUAGCACCCCAAAUAAAAGAGAAUUGCU